UUUGAGUCCCAUAAGAGAUUGGAGUUAAGAGAGAAGGGUGUUGAGGAGAUAGAUAGGAUGUCGUUUGGUGGGGUUUGGAGCAGGGUGAAGCCAUACUUGGCUAUGGUCUUCUUGCAGUUUGGGUAUGCCGGGAUGUACGUGAUCUCGGUCGCAACGCUCAAGCAAGGCAUGAGCCAUUACGUGCUCGUGGUGUAUCGCAAUGCCAUCGCAGCGGCCUUCAUCGCCCCAUUCGCGUUGUGGUUCGAGAGGAAAGCGAGGCCAAAGAUGACACUCUGCAACUUCCUCAAGAUAAUGGCUUUAGCACUACUAGAGCCUGUGCUCGACCAAAAUUUUUAUUACAUGGGGACCAAGAACACGAAUGCAAGCUUCUCAUCUGCCUUCUACAACAUACUUCCUGCGAUGACCUUCGUCAACGCCGUUCUUCUCAGAAUGGAGAAAAUAGAUAUCAAGAAACGGCGCAGCCAAGCCAAGAUUGCUGGGACUCUGGUGACUCUGGUGGGUGCAUUGCUUAUGAUACUAUACAAAGGACCGGUGGUGGACUUUGUAUGGACAGAGGGUCGACGGAGCCACCACAACAAUAACACUGGCAGCCAAGAUGAUAAACAUUGGCUUGAGGGCGUGUUUAUGCUACUGUGGAGCUGCUUCUGUUGGUCUGCUUUCUUUCUGCUACAAUCGCAUACAUUGAAGUCCUAUCCGGCAGAGCUUUCCUUGACCGCCUGGAUAUGCGUCAUGGGUAUGGUGCAAAGUGGUGCAGUUGGUCUCGUAAUGGAGCAUACUGCCAAGCCAUGGUUGAUAGGAUUUGACCUGAGACUCCUAACGGCUGCUUACUCCGGAAUAAUGUGCUCCGGGAUCGCAUAUUUUGUUCAAGGAAUAGUGAUGAAAGAAAGGGGCCCUGUCUUCGUGACUGCAUUCAACCCUCUUUGCAUGAUAAUAGUAGCUAUUCUGGGCUCCAUCAUUUUAGCAGAGGAGAUCACUUUAGGAAGGGUGGUUGGAGCAACUAUCAUAGUUAUUGGUCUCUACUCUCUCAUAUGGGGUAAGAGCAAGGAUCACCUGGCCAAAUCCUCGGACGAUAACGAGAAUAAAUUAGGGGUGCUCGAGCUACCGAUAUCUGAGACCGACGCCAUUAAAUCUAAUUCUGCCGACCAUGCCACUGUUGCAGAGAUUCCUUGAAGAAUUUAGCUCCAUUUUCUUUACGCAACUAGUAGAAUAUGCUGUCACUUUCUUAAUUAUGUAAUGGAGCCUUCAGCUGUUGAGUGCUCGCACUUUAUGCAUGAUUUGGGAAGGAAAUGGACCGGAUGCAACUUGGUGUCAAAAAUGUACAAAAAUGAAUAAAUUAUGAUAAAAUAUUGCGUGCAUGGCUAAAGGUUAUCAUCUCAAUGCAACAGUACUUUAAGCUAA